CCGAGAUACACGAACUGAUCUUUACCACCACCACCCUUCUCUGCAGAAGAAGCACCUUACAGCCUCAUUGACGGCCACAAGUCCUCGCGGGCAGAAGCAACGACGACAAACAGACAACGCCAGCGACAUGGCCAUCUCACCGCCGACCCCGACCCCGACGCACAACACGCCCACAUCGCCACAAGAUGCCGAUAGGGCGGCGGCGCUGGGCGCGCGGGGGGUGAUUGCGCGGCGGGCCAUGGUGUACGCGCCCCUGCAGACGCCGUGGACGCAGCCGGCGUCGUGCUCGGGCAACACGCCGACCAUCAUCGCGGGCACCUGCAACACCAAGAGCGGCUGCUCGGCGUACCCGGCCACGUCGCUCGCGCGCGCGCUCGCGUCGGGCGCCCAGGUCAACCAGCCGCACUUCACCACCUCCAAGUCCAUGACCUCGGCCGAGUGCAUGCCGCCGGGCUACCUGGCCUUGGAGAGCUUCUACUUCACGUCGGCCCCGGGCUGCCCGACCGGCUUCACGACGGCGGCCACGUCGUCGCUGUACUCGACGCUCAGGGUCGCGUGCUGUCCGAGCAACUAUCCCACCGCGACGUGGCUGUCCGGCGAGGGCGUCUGGGACUGCUACGCCAUCAAGUCCGUCACCUCGGGCCAGGUUUUCUCGCUCGCCGCGCGCGGCAUGAUCACCGUUUCGGCCGCCAACCUGGACUUUUGGUACUCGGAGUCCCAGAUCGGCACCACGGCCUGGCCCACGGCCACGACGGCCUACGUCCUGCACCCGGCCGUCAACCUCAUCUACUCGACAACGACGCCGACCCUCGACGGUGGUAGUUCCAGCGGCUCCUCCUCCUCCUCCUCCGCCGCGGCCGGCGCCUUCACGCUGUUCGGCGUGGGCCUGGCCGCCAGCAUCGCCAUCGUCGUCGUCAUCGCCAUCAUUGGCAUCCUGAUCGUCGGCUGUCUGGCCUGCUGCUGCGUCCGCCUGAUCCGCGGUGGUCGCAAGACGACGGUUGUCGUGCCGCAGCAGCAACAGCAGGGAUACCCGCCGGGGCCGUACUACGGCCAGGUCUACGCGCCGCCGCCGCCGCAGCAGCAGCAGCAGCAGCAGCAACAGCAACAGCAGUACGGACAGCCGCAGCCGCAGCAGCAAUACGGACAGCCGCAGCAGGGGCAGUACGCACAGUAUCCUCAGCAGGCGCAGGGAGGAACGCCGCCGCCGCCCUUCCAGGAGCAAAAGUAUCCGAACACACAGGUGGCACACGCGUGAGCAGGGCGAGCGUUGGGGCUGACGGGCUUGCAAG